AUGGGUAAUCUAGAGCAGGCUUCGAUACAUUCUCAUAAUGCUGUCGUAAUUUACGAGAAGAUUUGUGGACCUGACCAUGUUGAUGUCGCACAUGCGCACCUAAACCUAGGUUUUGUACAGCGUGAGUUGGGUAACCAGCAACAGGCCAAGAAGUCUCUCGAUCGUGCUCUUGACAUUUUCAAGGAAGAGUUUGGAAGUAAGCAUGCCAAUGUCGCACAGACUUACCUUAGCCUAGGUAUUGUACAGCGUGAGUUUGGUAACCUGCAAGAGGCCAAGGAGCUUCUUGAUCGCGCUCUCGAAAUUUUUAUUACAGAGCCUGGAAGUGAGCAUGCCGAUGUCGCACAGACUUUCCUAAGCUUAGGCAAAAUAGAGUAUAAAUUUGGUGACCUUCAGCAAGCCAGCGGGCAUUUUGAACGUGCGUCAGACAUUUACACGAAUAAGCUAGGACAACACUGCGUGGAGGUAGCGUCUAGUUACAGUAACUUGGGUGAUGUAUGCCGUACCAAGAAUGAUUUGAAACAGGCCAAAGAGCUGUAUGAACGUGCCUUAGAGAUUACGCUUAAAGAGAAUGAACCAGAGGAUGUUGAAGUUGCGCGCGCACGUAUGACAACUUACUUGGGCAGUAUUCAUUUUGACGUUGGUAACCUAGAUCAGGCUUACGUCGUUUAUGAACGAGCUCUAAGGAAAAGACGCUUGGACGCGAGCAUGCAGAAACUGCGAGUAGUUACAAUAACUUGGAUCUUGUUCUGCAAUUUUUGGAGACAAAAAAAAAGUGCUCUGUGCAGUAGGACCAGUGGACCCGACCGCGCUAAAAAUAACUACACGUAUAUUAUCUGA